AUGGCUAACAAACCUACGAGAGUUUUCAUGGAUAUAACAGCUGAUAAGGAACCAAUCGGGAGAUUAGUGUUUGAGUUGAAUACGAAAAUUUGUCCUAAGACGAGCGAGAAUUUUCGAAAGCUGUGUACCGGCGAAUUGGGUUUCGGUUAUAAAGGAUGUCAUUGGUAUCGAAUUGUACCAGGAUUUUGUGCAUGUUCUGGAGAUUUCGAGACACAAAAUGCCGACCGUAAAGGAGGCCGAAGCACUUUUGACACAAAGUACUUUGACGACGAAAACCAUACAAUUCUUCACAAUAAAAGAGGUAUAUUGUCUAUGGACAAUUUCGGUUGGCCGAAUACUAAUUCAAGUCGUUUCUUCGUCACCUUUACGGAAACGCCAUGGAUGAAUAACUUUCACGUUGCUUUUGGUGAACUCGUCGAUGGAUUCGAUGUGCUGGAUAAAAUGGAGAGCUACGGUAUUCUGGAAGGGUAUGGAGCUCAAAAAGGCCGUACCAGUAAGCUAGUGGUUACCGAGGAUUGUGGAGAGCUGCAACAGUAA